GGCGGGGGCGGCGCCGCGGUGAGGCGGCGGCUGCCGCUCGGGGACCACUGGCAGCGGUGGCAGCUCGCGCCCGCGCCUCUCGCACCCGAGGCGGUCCCCCAGCGACCGACCCCCGCCCCGCGGCGCAGGCCGGCCCGAACCCUCCUGGCGCCUCGUCUCCACCCAGGCCGCCAACCAUCUCCGAAGAGCCAUGUUCCAGGCUGCCGGAGCCGCCCAGGCCACCCCCUCUCAUGAAGCCAAAGGCAGCAGUGGCAGCAGCACGGUGCAGCGCUCCAAGUCCUUUAGCUUACGGGCUCAGGUGAAGGAGACCUGUGCAGCCUGCCAGAAGACUGUGUACCCUAUGGAGCGGCUGGUGGCAGACAAGCUCAUUUUCCACAACUCUUGCUUCUGUUGCAAACACUGCCACGCCAAACUCAGCUUGGGCAGUUAUGCUGCACUGCACGGUGAAUUUUACUGCAAACCUCACUUUCAGCAGCUGUUUAAGAGCAAAGGCAACUACGAUGAGGGGUUUGGCCGUAAACAGCACAAGGAGCUCUGGGCCCACAAGGAGGUGGACUCAGGCACCAAGACAGCCUGAGGCCCUCUAACAUCCAUCUCCUCCCCGCACAUGGCCUACAGCUGGCCAGUGGGAAGGAGGUUGAUCUGGGCUUGGGGGAGCGGGUGGGAAAGGAUGAGGCUCCCUCAGGUAGGUUUCAGGCUUAGGGCUCUGCUCCAGGAUUCCUUACUUUUCCCAUAGGAGGUAGAGGUCUGGGAAGCAGAAUUGGAAUUUUCACCAUACCGCUUCCUUCAGACUAUCUCACCUCACCCCAAGGCUCCCUGGGAUGCCCACAAGCCCAGCUUCCCUAUUUAGGUGCCUUUUCUCCAGCAAGGAGUCAGCAUGCCCUCCUCAGGGUCCCAAGCUCCCACACUGCCACCUGGGCCUUGUGCACCCCCGUGUCUCCCCAUCUACCUCUGCCCUUAGCCUGGUUCUGAGCCACAGAGAUUGGAAGAGGAAGAGUGCCAUCUGCUGGGCCUCUUAUAUGUCACCUCACUGGUGGGGGAGGGGGCUGGGAAGAGGCAAGACAGCCCCACAGCCUUGGGGUCUAGGGGCCCCUUGCUGGAGCCUCAGCUAACAGGGUAGCAGUAGCUACGCUCCCCUCCUCUCCACCGCUGUGCUGUUCUGACUGUUGUGAUCAACCCUGUUUUAAACAUGUUUAAACAGA